CGACAUGGAACUUUCAUGGAUGAGAAGAUCAUGCUGCUUCUAAAGGGAACCCUGCUGAUCAACAAUGUCUUCGCCAUCAUCCCUGCCAUCCUGAUGGGAGUCAGCAAAGUGGCCAAGGUUUUUGAAAUCAUCAUCUUUUCUCGAGUGGUGCUGGGAAUCUGUGCAGGAAUCUCUUACAGUGCCCUUCCAAUGUAUUUGGGAGAGCUGGCUCCCAAAAACCUUAGAGGCACUCUGGGAACAAUGACUGAAGUGUUUGUCAUCAUGGGAGUCUUCUUAGCACAAAUCUUCAGCCUGCAGGCCCUCCUGGGCAACCCUACAGGCUGGCCCCUGCUCUUGGCACUCACUGGGGUCCCUGCAGUGGUCCAGCUGCUCUCCCUGCCCUUCUUCCCUGAGAGCCCAAGGUACACCUUGAUCCAGAAGAAAGAUGAGGCCACAGCUCGCCAAGCUCUGAGGAAACUGAGAGGCUGGACUGAUGUGGAGGAUGAGAUAGAGGAAAUGUGUGUGGAGGACCAGGCUGAGAGGGCAGAGGGUCGCCUGUCUGUGCUCAACCUCUUUGCCUUCCGGCCUCUGCGGUGGCAGCUCAUCUCCAUCAUCGUGCUUAUGGCUGGCCAGCAGCUCUCUGGAAUCAAUGCGAUCAACUACUAUGCAGACCUGAUCUACAUAUCCGCUGGUGUGGACAGCAUUCAGUCUCAGUAUGUCACAGUGGGUGCUGGUGUGGUUAAUAUAGUGAUGACCCUCAUCUCGGCCAUCACAGUGGAACUGCUGGGGAGGCAGCGCCUCCUGCUGGUGGGCUAUGGUAUCUGUGGCUUGUCCUGCCUCAUCUUGACCCUGGCACUCCUCUUUCAGAGCCAGGUUGCUGGGUUGUCUUACCUUGGGAUCAUCUGUGUCUUUGCCUACAUCUCAGGACACUCCAUAGGACCCAGUCCUGUCCCCUCUGUGGUGAGGACUGAAAUCUUUCUGCAGUCCUCCCGGACAGCUGCCUUCAUGGUGGAUGGGGCAGUGCACUGGCUCACCAACUUCAUUGUGGGCUUCAUUUUCCCUUCCAUCCAGGAAGUCAUUGGUGCCUACAGUUUCAUCAUCUUUGCUGGAAUCUGCCUCCUCACUGCCAUUUACAUCUAUGUGGUGAUUCCUGAGACCAAGGGCAAGACCUUUGUGGAGAUAAACUACAUUUUUGCCAAGAGAAACAGAGUGGAGAUUCCAGAGAAAGUGGAAGAAACCACAGGUGGUGAGCCUUGUUCAUCCUCAGCACCUACCAAGGAAACGUCCUUUUAGUGGCCAUGUGUCCCCAAAUGCCACACUCAAGAUUUACAGCUCAGAGAAGAACUCUAUAUUCCAGACUUUGAGGAGGUUCACAACCAUGAGAUGUCUAGGUCCCCAGUGGCAGCUGGAAGACUUUGGAAAACUGAGCCCCUGUCUUUACUGAGAAGCAGUUAGUUUCCAGAAUUAAUGACUGUGAGCCAACCACAUCUGCCCAUUGAUUGGCAAGACCCCACUCUGUGAUUCCAACCAGUGUCCAAACUUGAUGGCUAUACUGAUGUAGUUUUAUAAGAUAUAACUUCUCACUUUUCCAAUUUCAGCAAUUGAGACAGAAGCCCAGUUCCCACUUAGUGUUUUAGAGAAUCAAAGGAGCUAGAAGAAGCCAAGGCUCUGGACUCCAUGCUUUCCUGCCCAAGUAGCUUCCUCUUCUACAUUCAGGCUACAGAGCCUCUGGGUCAGGUUCCAGCUCUGCAUGUGCAUCUCUGGGCCAGUUGGGCAAGAGAAGUCAGACAAGUUCUUGAGACUGUUUAGAAAACCUUGCCUGGGCCGGGUCUGUUUGUAUCCACUUUGGAAACAAAGAGAACUGUGUGUUA